AUAAAAAAAAUUGUUUAGGCUACUUGAAGGAUUCAAAACUGAAAUACGCCCUAUUGGAAUAUACGCUUAGUGCUAGAAGAAAUAUGAUCAAGUGCGCGACUCUAUGAAGUAGCUGGAAAAGAAAUCGAAUCGAGGCAAUUAGUAAACAUCAAUCAAGGACAUAGGCUCUUGGUGUUAUAAGCAAUAAUGCACAUUUCAGCCGAGGUCAGUUCGACCACUUCAAAUCAAACGCAUCAGCAUCAGCAUCAGCAGCAGCAACAACAACAACAGCAGCCAACACAGCAACAGCAACAUCCGGCGGCAGCGACAACAACAAUAACAACAACGGCCAGCACAACGAAGCGUCGCAAUGCAGAGACCAAUAACAAUAACAACAACAACAACAGCAGCAGCAACAACAACAACAAUAGCAAAAGCAACAAUAACAAUAACAACAACAGCAAGACAGUGGACACAAGUCCGUACCUGACGCCCGAGAAUCUGAUCGAGCGCACUGUCGACGUCCUGCUAGCCGAGCAUCCAGGCGAGCUGGUCAAGACGGGCUCACCCCACAUAGUGUGCACCACACUGCCCACGCACUGGCGCUCGAACAAAACGCUGCCGAUCGCCUUCAAGGUGCUGGCCCUGGGCGAGGUCAUGGACGGCACCAUUGUCACCAUACGCGCCGGCAACGACGAGAACUUCUGCGGCGAGCUGCGCAACUGCACCGCCGUCAUGAAGAACCAGGUGGCCAAGUUCAAUGAUCUGCGCUUCGUGGGACGCAGCGGCAGGGGUAAGAGCUUUACGCUGACAAUUGUCAUCUCAACGAAUCCGAUACAGAUCGCCACCUAUACGAAGGCCAUCAAGGUAACGGUAGAUGGGCCACGUGAGCCACGCUCGAAGGUGCGCCAUCAGGGCUUUCAUCCGUUCGCAUUUGGACCACAGCGUUUUGGCCCGGAUCCACUUAUGGCCGGAUUACCCUUUAAGUUGCCAGGCUUCGCUCAUCACCUGGUUGGGAUGCACAGUCAUUUGCAUGCGCCCGAUUGGCGAGCUCACAUGGCGCUGGGCGGACGUCCGGGCUUUCCGGCUGGCCCCUUCUUCGCGCACCACCAUGGCGCCAGCUUUCCGGGCGGCGCGACCGGCGGCCUGCGCGGUCUAAGCGACAAUCAGCAGCAGAUGGCGACAGUGGGCGCGGCGCACAGCACCACCAGCCCGGAGGGCUCUCCGACGACCACGACGAGCGCAACGCUGAGCGCCUUCGUGCAGCCGCCGGCGUGUAAUGCCAGCGCUGGGGGAUCGCCGCCGCUGAUGCUCAGCAGCUUGCAGCAUCACGACAAUAACAACAACAACAGCAGCAGCAACAUCGACGCGGGCUUCGAGAGCGACAGCAUCUCGGUGACGGGCUCGCCGCGCAAGAGCAUUAGCUCGCUGACGCACGACGAGGAGGAGCCGGAUCCGGAGGCGGGACGCAGCCGCAGUCCGACGCUGCUCAGCGCCGAUGCCAGCAGCGUGGCGACGCUUGUGGAGCCAGCACCAGGAGCUGGCAGCGGCGCUCUCGACGGCACCGGCACUAGUGGCGGCGGUGGAGGUGGCGGCGCCUUCACUGCCCUCAUCCAGCGCAGCAAGAAUCCGAGCGAACUGUUUGGCGGCUUCGCAGCGGCGGGCGGCGGCCACUUUGCGCCCACGGCGCACAGCUUCAAUCCGGCGCUGGCCGCCCAGCUCUUCCUGCAGAGCCCGCUGCUGCCGCAGUCGAGCCAGUGGCUCUACACCCAGCUCUAUGGCAGCUACAGCGAGCUGCCUUGGCUACGUAGCGCGGCGGCAGCAGCCGCUGCCAGCUCCACAGCUGCUCCACAGCCGCAGCCGCAGCCGCUGCCACAGCAGCAKGAGCCAUCGAUGCUAGCAGCGGCGGCGGCUGGCGCAGAUGCCGACGGCGUGAAUCUGAUCAAGCGCUGCGUCACGCUGAUCACGCACAAUCCGCCGGAUGCGGAGAAUGCCAAUCCGAAUGCCUCGCCGCCAGUGAGCUCCUCGCGCCGUUCGCCCUCGCCCGUGGAGACCAUCGAUCUGGACGAUGUCAGCACCACGUCGCGAUCGGCCAGCGGCUCCAGCGGCGCCGGCGGACCAAUACGGACGCGCACGCCCAAGCCGACAGCGGACGUCUGGCGUCCGUACUAGCGACUGGCGGCCGCCUUGCUGGGCACCUGCCUGGCGGGACAAGGACAGAGGGAACGGGCGCUGCCGUAGCGGUAGCUGGCGCAGCGGUCAUUGGAUUGUGAAUUUAGGUCAUAUCGCAGCGUGCGAGGGUUGCGCCACAAGUAUUAGCAGACGAGCAGUUCAUAUCACAGGCACAGCAUAUUAAGCAGUUCUAAAAGUCUAAAGGUUCAAGUUGUCAACUUCGAGCUCAGUUUGAUUUACUAGAGUUUUUAUUUCGAAAGGUCUUGAAGUAGGUAAAGCUAAGCCUAGAAACGGAAAUGUCCACGAGUUAAACCUAUUCCAUUGAUUUCGCACAAGUUCAGCUUAGACUCACAACUCUUUGAACACCCCUCGCACAGUGUGUACAAUUUAUGUGUGUUUUUUUUUAGAGGUCUAGAUUAAGCCGGAUCACAUAUCGAAUUUAAACUAAUUAGCAUUGCCCAAAUGUAGUUGACGAACGAAGCUUUGGGUAAUUAUUAUGGUACUAUAUGUAAACAAACACUGACACACACACAUACACAUUAUACAUAUAUAUAUAUAGAGAGUUACCAAUCU